CGUUGAGACUCUCUUGCUCCCUCUCCCCUUGGUUGGAGCAGGGAGGAAGGAGGGGGUAGGCACAGGGAAGACAGAAAAGAGACAGCAGGAAAAGAAUUGUAUGCCACUGUAAUCUAAAUGUAUCUUCUACUUGUAAAUGAUAUCAUCUGAGUUGCACUUUGCCUUUUAUUUCUGGUUUGUUUGUACAUGUCUUUUAUCAUCUAGCCAACUGGGAUAGACAAAGCACUGUUGGUGCUCUGAGCGACAGAACUCUGGUAGAGGGCUGGCUAUAAAUUGACGUGGCAUGGAAAUUCUCCGCUGAGCUGCUACAGCUUGCAUGUUUCUCUGAACUGAAGCUCAGCCUUACCGAAGCUGCAGCUUAAUCAUCAUGGGUUCAGCAACUUUACAGAAAAAUGGAUAGAAGAACUCUUCGGUUCCUUUUUUGGACUCAAAUGUUUUUUUGGGAGGCAUCUAUGAUUUAACUGGGAAAAUCAAAGCAGUUAAAUCUGUAACUUUAUUUUUGCAGCUUAAACAACGGAAUUUGCUGCUCCUCCUCCCCUGCCCUGCAGUUUAAUUCCUUACAGAUUUUGCCAUGGGGUGUGGGCUUAGGAAGCCAGAAGACCCUGAUGAUAGCAGUCCUGGAAAAAUAUUUUCUACUCUGAAGAGACCGCAAGUGGAAACAAAGACAGAAUUUGCUUACGAAUAUGUAUUGCUGGAUUUUACUUUACAAGCUUCAACAAAUCCAGAAGUCAUCAAGAUAAACUCGGUUCUGGAGAUAGUAACCAAAGUGGAAGAGUACUAUCACAAAGGCUAUGUUGUUGGAGCUGUCCACUCCAUCAUACAGCCAGUAGGGCAGCGGAAACACCUGUCGGCGAGUUACCUCUACAGGGUGGUGCUUUGGCGCUUAAAAUUAAACUCGAAGCAUUCAGCAACACCCAGUGGACACAGACGCCCAAAGCUUGUGAUUGAGGAAUGUCCUCUAACUUAUGAGACACAAACAAAUGAUGUAGCAAAAGAACUCAUAGAAAAGAUUAAUGUAGCUGCUAAAAAGGGAAUGAAAUUUGUUGGCUUCAUAUCACAGCAUCAUCCACCAUUUAAAUGGUGCAAUGGAACCAAUCAAGAUGGGGAUAUUGAAUCCAUACUGCAUGUGGGACACAGCUCAGAUGAGAACUGUAAAAGUUGGAAUGAAGGAACAUUAAGUGGGCAGUCAUCAGAGAGUGGAAUUGAGGAAGAGCUUCAUCAUGAAAGCGGGCAGUGUCAAAUGGAAGAUGGCAGCUCUGGUUCCACUAAAUCAAGAAAGGGAGAAGGGGACCAUCUGCCUAAGUCUUUGGAAGGAAUAUUUAUCUAUGAAGAAGAAGGUUGUGGAGUCCCCGGUUCCAGCAGGAAAGGGAAUGAUGCUAUUGUAGUAGAACAGUGGACUGUUAUUGAGGGCUGCGAAAUCAAGACAGAUUAUGGCCCUCUGCUGCAUACUCUGGCUGAGUUUGGAUGGCUCCUGACAAGUGUGUUGCCUACACCUGUAUUGAGACAUGACAGUGAAGGAAAUUUGGCUACAAAGCAAAUUGUGUUCCUUCAGAGACCUGCUAUGUGGAAUUCGUCUGCUCAGAUACCAGAAAGGAAAGCCGGCCAGCACAUGAAAGGGGAAGGCAGAAGCAGAGUCCCCAGCAGGAGCAUCGGCCUGGACACAGCCACGUCACAGCCUCCAGAGAGCAGGCCUCUGCCUGAAGGGAGGCCCUUCUCGCCCUUCCAGGAGUGCUGGGUGAAGGGGGCCAGGCGGGCGCAGUGCAGCAGCUUCUCCGGGAUCAGCAGCAGUGACAGUGCCCUCAGGGAGCUGGACGAAGGGCAGUUCGAGCAGGAAGACGGCGUCACACAGGUCACUUGUAUGUGAGCAACAAGUAAAGCAACAGGUGCUGUAAAUAAUUAUUAAAGUGAUUACCAACUAACUCUGCUCUGAUACUGUGUCUGCACCUAGGCAACACUCUGAAUACUUCCAGACGCAGGAUUACCAAUGUUAUUUGUAAGUUUGAAUCGUGUCUGCAUUUAUGUGUAAACAGAUGUCUCACUAGGUUAUUAGCUAGUAAUCCACAAGGUACACUUAUCUAUUAUUCCUGGAAAAAUAAUUAUCUUAAUUGGUAUUUUAACUAAUUAGAAAGCUCUCAGGAAGUUAGAAUCUUACUUAAACUGAAAAUCUUUUUUUGCCCUCUGUCCCCCUCCCUCCUUCUGUCUCAUAUACACACAGGGUUAAAUAAUCAAAUAUUUAUUUCCUGACUAUCAACUCUUAACCCAAUUUGUGUCUUGAACUAUGGUAUGGUACAUACAAAACAAACCUAUGUAUAUGUUAAAAUGAUCUCUGGAAAAGAAUUCUUCUUAAAGAGUUAUGAUGCCAACCCUGUACUGAUUCACUGAACUUAAACUUUGUUGCUCUUAAUUGUCUAAAAAUAAGACAAAGCAACAUUUUCUUAAUUCAAUAAAAAAAUAAUUCACCGGGGGGUCGGGCGGUGGCGCAGUGGGUUAAGCGCAUGUGGCGCAAAGCGCUGGGACCGGCGUAAGGAUCCCGGUUCGAGCCCCCGGCUCCCCACCUGCAGGGGAGUCGCUUCACAGGCGGUGAAGCUUGUCUGCAGGUGUCUAUCUUUCUCUCCCCUUCUCUGUCUUUCGCUCCUCUCUCCAUUUCUCUUUGUCCUAUCCAACAACGAAUUGCAUCAACAAGGGCAAUAAUAAUGACCACAACGAAGCUACAACAAGGGCAACAAAAGGGGGAAAAAAAUGGCCUCCAGGAGCGGUGGAUUCAUGGUGCAGGCACCGAGCUCAGCAAUAACCCUGGAGAAGGAAAAAGAAAAGAAAAAAAAAAAAAGAAUUCACCAUCUCAAUACUGAAAAACUUUAGCAGGCAGAAAGAAUUAAUUUUCUCACUUUUUAAUUGCAAAUACUAUGAAAUGGGAAAACAUCAACUUUACAUGGAAACUCGUCCUUUGUGUCUGAUUAGAUUUAAAGUAUGCUUUUAUUUUGAUUGCUAAAUUCUGAAGAAUGUGGCAACCCAGCAGCCAGGGAGUUAGCACAAUGUUCUAGAGCAACAGACACACAAGCAUGAGGUCCUGUGCUUGAUCCCUCACACCAACACGCCAGUGUGAUGUUCUGAUUCUUUCUCUUAUUAAUAAGUCAAUCUUUCUACCCUUUCCUCUUCCCUCCUGUUCUCUUCGUUUCUUCCUUUCCAGAGCACUGCUCAACUCUGGUUUAUGGUGUUGCUAGGAACUUGGCACCUUUGCUGUCCCAGACAUGAAAAUAGUUUUAUAUGACCAUUAUGCUAUCUCCCUAGUGCCCCUUCUGCCUCAGAAUAUGGGAACCUAGAAUUUUCAGUUCUGCAGAGUAAGAAGGUGCUCACAGAGCAUAUUAUGAGUACAGCAACCCAUCUCUGCUUUUCUUAUUUUGCUAAAAAGGGUGCUUUCACCUUGUCCAACCAUUAAUAGAUAAAUAUUAAAAUUCCACAAAACACAGGACUUCAUUUAUUUGUGAAAGUCUUACUUUGAAAUGUAGUAACCCUUACGUGCAUUAUAACAGAAUUUGCGAUUUAUGAAUUCAGUCUAUCAUAUCUUUUAAUACAACUGGUAUUGACACUAUAAGAUUAUUUGAAAAAUAAAGUCUCAUUUGU